AAAGAAAAUCCGGCCGCCGCUUCCCAUCCUGAUCCUACUACUUCAAUCCAACCGGCGGCGGCAACCUCUCCCCCAGGCCAAUUAAUUAAGGAGUGGAUCCUGAUCUUGCUGCUGCAGUUCCAGGCAAUGGCGGCGCCGCCUCCCCCCGCCGCGGCCGCCCCCCACCCCAUCGUCGACCCCGACGUCUGGCUCGCCUGUGCCGUCCCGCUCUCCCGCCUCCCCGUCGUCGGCGCCCAGGUCUACUACUUCCCCCACGGCCACGCCGAGCAGUGCCCGGACCACCUCCCGGCGCCGCUCCCCACGCCGCACCUCUUCCCCUGCGUCGUCACCGCCGUCACCCUCGGCGCAGACGACAGGACCAACGAGGUGUUCGCCCAAAUCUCCCUGCAGCCAGGGCCCCAUCCCCCGCAGCAGCAGCAGCAGCAUCUCAUCAUCAACAACAUCACCCACUUCGCCAAGCAGCUCACGCAGAGCGACGCCAACAACGGCGGCGGCUUCUCCGUCCCGCGCUACUGCGCCGACCACAUCUUCCCCAUGCUCGACUUGGACGACGACCCGCCCGUCCAGAACCUCCUCAUGCGGGACCCCCAGGGCAACCCCUGGCAGUUCCGCCACAUCUACCGCGGCACGCCGCGCCGCCACCUGCUCACCACCGGCUGGAGCAAGUUCGUCAACGCCAAGCUGCUCGUCGCGGGGGACACUGCCGUCUUCAUGCGCCGCCCAGACGGCGAGCUCCUCGUCGGCCUGCGCCGCGCCCCCAGGUACCCCGUCGCCGUCUCCAGCUCCAGCUCCAGGGACCCGCCGCGCAACGCGCGCGCCCGGGUGCCGCCAGGGGACGUCAUGGACGCCGCGCGCCUCGCCGCCGAGGGAAGCCCCUUCACCGUCACCUACUUCCCGCGCCAGGGGGCAGCCGAGUUCGUCGUGCCGCGCAAGGAGGUGGAGGACGCGCUCGCAAGCCGCUGGGACCCAGGGACGCAGGUGCGCAUGCAGGUCAUGGAGGCCGAGGACGCGCGCCGCACAGAGUGGGCAAACGGCACCGUCAAGGCGCUGCACCCCAACAUCUGGAGAGCGCUCGAGAUUGACUGGGAUGACUCCUCGCCCUUCUCAAAGACAAGGAACAAGUAUGUAAAUACUUGGCAAGUCCAGUUUGUUUCAUUCCCUCCUCUUCUCAAGAGACUGAAGAUUUCAGACACAAUUCCACCUCUGUGUUCUGGAGAUGGCUCCUCCUUGGGCGCCCCACUGAUCGGUCCGGAAAGCAAUGCGAUGGCUAUGCUGUUGGGGCCACCAAUUCCUGCUGGCAUGCAGGGAGCCAGGCAUAGCGGCCCUAUUGAUGUACCACCACACUUUUCAUCCACCAUGGGAAUGCUCACAACUCAGCAAUUCUUCCCCCUGACCAGCAGGGACCUUCUUCAGAUGCCACCCAGUGUAAUCAGCGGUGGCUCUUCUGAUAUUUUUGAUCCUGAAGUUGGUUCUCCCCCCAACAACUCAGUAAAGACGCCUCCACCUGAGCUUCCUGUCGAAGCAAAGAGCAUACAACUGUUUGGCGCCACAAUCACACCGCAUUCUGCACAAAUUGCUACCAAUGGUGCUUCCGAAGAAGUGAAUGGAUCUAUUAAUGGUGUGGUUGAUGAAAAUGAUGGAAAAGACUUCUAAACCAUAUGCUUGAAGAUCAGAAGAUGGUUGGAUGAGACUGACUACCUCUGCAUCUGCAUUUGUACCGGAGGAUCCAACCGAGUGUCUGCUUUGUGGUGCAUGCUGCAGUUUAUCAUUGAGUAGCUUUAUUAGUAAGCUGGGUCAUUCAACCCAGCUUUAUUACUAGAGAAGAGAGAAGCUUGAGCGGCUUUAGUUGAACACCCUUGCUUGUUGCAGAGUACGUGUGGUUCGUGGAUUGCAUUCUCUGUUCUAUUUCGAGGGUUUUUUUUUUCUGUGUGGGCGUGACUAAUGCCGGUUGAUUCUGGGAGAUACUGGUCUGCUCUGCUCUGCUCUUCUGUGGUGUAAUGGAUCGCUUGUGGAACUAAUGUAGUAUGGUUUUUCGGUAUGGAUCAUUGGUCGUCCUUACCUUGGUAAAAUAUGACGUUGUUUGUCUGGUCUGUGAA